AUGACUGUUGCGAAUACUUCAUUAGCCUCACCGUUCACGUCCUCUUGUGUCUUGACCCUUUCGAUUUUAACCGAAGAUUACCUUUUGGAGACAAGCAUUUUUUUUUUCAUGGCCAUAACAUUAAACAUUGCAAGCUGUCCUUUCACCAUCCUAAUGAAUGUGCUGGUAAUAGUGGCGGUCAAGACCAGGCGACAACUGCAAACAAACUAUAACGUACUGUUGGCCUGUUUGGCGGUAACUGAUCUUUUGGUUGGAGUUUUCGUCCAACCAAUCUUCGCAGUUGCAUUAAUAACUGUCUUAAAAGGCUCGCUCACCUAUUACUGCCAGUUUUUUGUUACAUUUUCAAAGUUGCUUUUCAUUCCUUUUGCCGCGUCUUUAUUUCAUCUUGCUCUACUUAGUGCAGAACGCUAUGCGGCGAUGAAGUUUCCUUUCAGGUAUCCGGACGUUGUAACCACAUUUCGGAUAAAAAUUGCUGUUAGCUUUAGUUGGCUUGCUUGCAUUGUUAAUGCUCUACCUUACACAGGCGUUAUCGCCACUGUCGUGGGGCCAAUCUACUUUACUUUUCGUGUUUUGUCUGUUGCAACAAUUGUUUACUUUCAUAUUUCCGUGUAUAUUGUAACUCGGCGCCACGAAAAACAAAUCCAAGCUGAACAAGUCUCCCCUGAAGCUCUCGCAAAGUUCUUGAAAGAGAAAAGAGCCCUGAAAACAACGACAAUUAUUAUUGGUGUUUUCCUGCUGUGCUAUCUUCCUUUUGUUGUGAUU